AUGAGUGCACCACCUGGAAAUCGGGAAGGACAAUCCACUGCUAGACCACCACUCUUCAAUGGCCAGUACUACUCCUGGUGGAAAAACAGAAUGAGAGACCAAAUCAUAGGAGAGGACUAUGAGCUAUGGGACAUUGUCACUGAGGGUCCCCUGGCUACCAUGAAAAAGAAUGCUGAAGGACAAAUUAUGGUGGAAACAAUAGGUGAUGGAGACGACAGAAUAUCAGAGUUGCCUAUACACAUAAUUUAUGACAUCUUACGUCGGAUUCGUUACCGCUACGGGCAAAAAGAAGAAGCUCGAAUUUGCGUUUUGUCUAAGACAUGGAGUUCAAUUUGGAGAUUGCGACCUGACGUAAUAAUCGAUCAACACAACCACAAGAAUUUUGUUAAUUUCGUUGAUGAUUCCUUGCGGCCGUAUGCCGAGCAAAACUUGAGGAUUGAAACACUGAGCCUACAAAGUCUUGAUCUUGAUAAACAUCCGGAAAUGGCUUCUCAUAUUGAUCGCUGGUUAAACUUGGCAAUUAAACAUAAUGUCAGAUCUCUAGAAAUUUCUCUAGCGUGUAAUUUGAACUAUAGCAUACCCGAUGCUAUUUAUGCAGCUAAGACGUUGACUGAAUUAUUGCUACAUGGGUGCAACUUUGAAAUUGAUAAUAGCACUACCAACAAAUUGCAACGAUUAAUUAGUAUGUGCCCGUUUAUAAGGGAUCUAAAUAUAAGUAAUUGCACGGGGAUUAAGAAUUUGUGUGUUUCUAGCCUAGUAAACCUGGAGAUAUUGGAGCUAUGGCGGUGUGAAGGACUGGAAAAGUUGGAAAUCCAGGCUCCAAAUCUUCGAAAAUUUAUAUAUGGUGGUGUGCCUUUGCACAAGUACCAGCGGACACGUGAACCAGAAUUGCUGCCUUGCAAAAUUAAUAUAUUAGAUGGUUAUAAGACCCUACAAAUUCUCAAAUUGGAAGCUACCACCAUGACGGACCAAGAGUUUGAAUGUCUAUUGUCUAAGUUCUCAGCCCUUGAAGUUUUGGAACUCGAGGGAUGCUAUGUAAUGAAAAAUAUAAAAGUUGUAAGUGAAAAACUUAAGAGUUUCACCUUGUGGAAUUGGACGAAUCAGGAGCAAGUCAAUAUGAUGGCUCCAAAUCUUAUGGAAUUCAAAUUUUUCAGUGGCAAAACAUGCAUGCCCUUCUCAACUAUGGAUCCUUCUAACCUGGAACUAGCCAAUAUUAUUUUUUAUCCAGAUUGUUCAAAUUCUUGGAACUUUGGAGAUAUGGAAAGAAGUUGGUAUAGUAAUCUUCAAGACUUUGUUCAAAAGUUCAACUAUUCGAAUGGACUGGAUAAGAAUAUUCUUAUUUGUGAAGAUCCAAUAGAAAUUAUUGUUCCACCAACUCGAAAACUAGAGCUAUGGAUUAAGAAUCCUUGGAUGUAUCCUGAAAAAUUCGCACAUGAUUUGAUAACGCGGCGCCCUAACAUAAUAUCUAUUGUGCCAUGUACCGAGAGCAAAAUGGUCCAG